AUGGUAACCAUGCACAGACGCCUAGCUCAAGACAGCUGUAACUUCUAUAGGCGGAAGGAAUUUACCCUAGAUGCAGGUGCGAUGGUGGCAGGGAAAGAACUUGUCAACGAUGGCGACAAUAGUAGAAGUCUGUUUGACAAUUCAAUUGCGAACAUAGAUAGGGUGAGAGGAGGAGAGGGGUUGAUAGUAGCGGAUAUCGAUGCUGACUUUGAUUUUGGAGCACAGGAUAAUUGUGACAACAUGGCAAGAAAUGCUUAUGUAAUGAUGGCAGAGGAUCUUCAUCUGGAGAUCACUAUGGCAACUGUGGACAUGGACAUAGCCGCACUGGAAUUAGGGAUGGCUCCAGCACUGGAAAAGGUCAAGUAA